CAGAUGACAGUUUGUGAUUGAAAUUUGACAGACAAUAAAAUUGACAAACAAAUGAGAUAUCCAAAAUCUGAGUUACUGAAAUCAAGCUGAAAUCUAAUAAUAUUGUAAUGCUACAACUAUAAAAUUAAGUAUUUCAGCCGAAUGGCAGCAGUUACUUCAUAAAUGUUCAGUUUAAUUUUACAUUAACUUUACAUACCUACUUUAAAAAUAAUUUAGAAUAAAUAGAAGAUUUGCGAUGGCCUCAACUGGAUCACCUUCAGGCUCUGCUUCUGGAGGAACAGGCAAUGAGUGUGAGGGCGAGGAGCCUGAAGACUCUUCUUCUCACCCUGAGGAGUUGCAAGAUGCAAGUGCUGCACUAGAGAACCUUAAUCUACAAGAUGAUAUACAGAAUCGUGAUUCUGAAGAUGAGCUUUCUCUAUUUCGUCAACAAUGGCAGCGUGAGUUGGAGGUGACACCCCCGCCUAAAAGGGAGCCCGACCCCGCGCCCGUACCUACUGAGCCCCUCUCAGAUGAGGAUCGGGCAAAGGAGCUGUUUCUGCGUGGUGUAGAAAUGGAGCGUGGCGGCAAGUUGUAUGAAGCCAUUCAGCAUUACAAGCGCGCUAUGCAGAUCUUGCCUGACGUCGAGAUCAGACUCUACGAGAGUACUGACCUACGCAGCGAAACACCGGAGGUAGAGUCCCAAUCGGAGGUAGUGGUGCGCGAGAACGCGGACCCAGACAGCGAGGACGAAGACGCGAUAGAAGGCGAGGAUCUGUGGACGCGGCUCCAACGCAUCACCGCCCGGAAGGGCGUGCUCUGCGAACCGGAGUACGCCACCAAGAGUGCGCACCUGUCGUGGCUACCGUAUGAGGUGGUGCUGGUGAUAUUACGCUGGGUGGUGAGCUCGGAGCUGGACGCGGCUUCAUUGGAGCGCGCGGCGACGGUUUGCCGCGGCUUGUAUGUUUGCGCGCGAGACACGGACUUGUGGCGAUCACUUUGUCUCAGAACGUGGGGCAUAGAAUGCGCCACUCCUCGUGCCAAUGGGUUCGCGUCGUGGCGACAGAUGUACAUAGAGAGGCCGCGGCUGCAGCUGAACGGAUGUUACAUCUCCAAGACUACGUACUUGCGACACGGCGAGAACUCGUUCCAGGACCAGUUCUACAGGCCAUGGUACCUCAUAGACUACUACCGGUACCUCAGGUUCUUCCCCGAGGGUCUGGUGUUGUCGUGGACGACGGCCGAGGAGCCCGCGACGUGUGUAGGUCACUUGAAGCAUCGAGCAGCCAGAACUGCCGGCAUUAUGCCCGGCCACUAUCGCUUAGUUGGAGACAAGGUUGUGAUCGUAAUUAAGAAGACUGGCAACGACAAGAAGCCGGCGCAGGCGUCCAACACCCGGUUCCGAGCGCGACGCAAAGAAUCGCACGACCAACACGAGCAAACCUUCCAUAUGGAAUUUCAACUGCGCAAUGUGCGCAGUAGACGCAACUUCCAGCUCGUAUGGCGACGGUACUCGGUCUGUUCUCGCCGCGAUCAAUGGACCCAGUUCGAACUAUCCCCGAACAAGUUCCCGCCAUUUGCUUUUAGCAGAGUUCGUGCUUAUACUGCUGAGAGUGCCGCGCCGCUUCUUUGUUCAUAUUAGGAGGUAAUAUUGACUGACAAAUGGUGCACCCAAUUCGUCGUAAUGUGAGUCUAUUUUUUAACCGUAAACCUUGCGAUUUUUUCUUUGGAAUUUGCACGAAAAAAGACAUUACAACAUAAUAUGAAAAAAAAAACUGGCUGACCAUAACAAGCAAAUUUUAAAGUUUUCUCUGCUUAUUUUUGGUUUUGUUAAUAUUUCUGUGUUACCGUCGAAAUGGGUAGUAAAUUUACUAACCAUACUCAAACAAUAGUUACUAUUUAUAGUAAUAGGGAUGAUGUUAUCAAAAAAUAUUGGACACGUAUUUUUUCUUUUUUCACAAAUAAUAUAAACAUUGCAAAGAUAUAUUGAUUUGAAAAGUCGCAUGACGUCACGUUUUGGUACACUUUUUACUUAAAAGUGACUUCACGAGCCCCUACUCCCAAACUUUGACGCGCUAUAACUUUGUCAUUUUUUGGUUGAUUGCCCAAAGAAAAAAUACGUGUCCAUUAUUUUUUGAUCAUCUAACUGACGGACUGAAUAGAAUUUCGUUUACUGUACCCCGUCAUCACCCCUAUUAUUGUUUAUUUUGGUAUGAAACGAAUAGCAUUAACGAAUGACGAUAACACACCACAAAUGGUGUGGGUUGUGUCAGUUCUUAUAUAGAAAAUCUUUUCUCUAUUAAUCUUAAACUUGUCUGCCAUUUUAGUUCUUACAAGAAUAAAAUUGUUCUCUUUAAUUGUUAGAAUUUAUUAUGGCUUAUAUGCUUUAAAUUGUGAUUCAACAGAAGACGUAUGCAAAUACAAAUAUGGGGUAAAGGGAACGUAUGCCUAUGAGAGAAUUUAGAAAUGGCUUGAAAUGAGUAAUUUUUUUUUUGCAGAUUUUAUUGAGAAAAGGAAAUAAUUUGUAAAUGACUAAAAUUGUGAUAAAUUUUAAAACAUUAAAAUUGUUACUCAAUCAAAAGAAAACUCAUCAAACAAGUCUAAGCAAAAUGUUGUACGGUUUUGAACUUUUAAACGAUUUUAAUUAUACUAUACUAUUAUAAACACAAUGGGAAAGUUUACGUUUUUAAAAUCAGCCAACUAUAUUUUCUAGAACAAAAUAGUAGUUUAUGCGACUCCAGAAAUCAAUAUAUCUUUAUUCAAAUUGGAUGAGUAGUACAACUCCUUUGAAUCGGCUAUUUUUUUUAAUUUACUAUACUACACUACUAAAAUUGGUUUACUCUCGUGUUUUAAAACCUAAAUGAUAUGCAUUUGUAUACACUACUUUAUCUUCACUCAUAGGAACAAUUAAAAUUAAACAAAGUAACAAAUAUGUGUUUUGCAAAACUUUUCUGAAAUCCCAAAAACAACACGAUCUGCAGAAAAUUGUAUGGGAAGCGCGAGAAAUUAAUUUCAAGUUUCGAAUGCGUGCGCCUAAUUUUUUACAUUCAGCUUAAUUUCGUAGCCUAAUUUAAUAAAUUAAAAGUGUACUAUAAUGAUUAAAAAGUCAUUUUACGACACAGCUAGCAGUACUGUGAUGAGUUUAAUUUUGAAUUUUAUGUAUGUGCGUUUAUAAAGUACGUCUUUAUAAAACCAUCUUUAAUUUCGUAAUUCGAAUAUUACGAUAUGAGUGUAGAUAAAAUAUUUUACAAAUUAAUAAAACAUGCAGUUUUUGUAAAUGAAUGCGUGUUGUUUAGACUUUUUUGAUGUGUGUACAUCGCAACAAUGAACAAACAAUUUGAUGCGCAUUCUGUGUCGAUAGCAAUACCUUUAUUAUAGUAGCGGUAAAAUGCGUUGUAAGUAAGUACAUAUUUUUAUUUAUUAUGUUUUCACACACACCAAGUAUUAAAAAACAAAUCUUUUUGAACGGGGUAUAUGAUUCUUGCGACCACGGAUCCUGCAAAAGAUCCGAAACGUCAAUUGAUCUGGCUUUACACCCGUACAAAUAGUUUAAUUUGUUUUAUUACAUGACGUCCAUUUAGAUUUAUCUGAAAUUUAUACCUAAUACUAAUAACAUGUAGAUGCUAAAGAGUCUUCUGUAGGAAAGUGCAAAAAGGUAUAGAGCUGUUUUCCUAUAUAUUUUAUACUUUGUGUCAAUAAUAAUAAGUACAAUUAUUCAAUAUCAGAAAUAUCGGUGCUUUAAUCUUGUAACUUCUGACAGAUCACCUACAUGAAGUGUGUUAGAAGCAAUAUUUUUUAUAUCAUCAGUAGCUUAUCAAAGUUGUAGAAAUUCAUUGUGUGGUUUCGUUUCAUCAUUUCUUUUUCGUGCCCCUGUGACGUGCUUCGGAUAACGGUAGCAAGGUGUUAUAUAUUAACAAUAAAUUAAAAAGAACUAAGUUGUAGAGAUACUAAUGUAAUAAAAAUGGAAUACUUUUGUAAUAAAAGUAUUCCAUUUUUUAUUACAUAAUUUAUUAAGACAUAUUUUUGAGUGUUAGCUUGUCAUUACUUGACAACUUGACUUUGAAGACUUGAAUGGCACAGUACAAAUUUUUUCAUAAUAUCAAAUAAGCAAUAAUUAUGCUUUAUGAACCUAAAGAAUUAACAAAAUAUAGUAAAGUUCGUCGAGAAAGUAGUGAUUUAUAGUAAAUUUAGACAUGGGUAUUCCUAGACCACCAACUGGGUUAAUCUAUACCUGGGGCCGUAUGACGCCAGACGAUUCCUAUUGUAAGAAGCAUCCCGAUUCGACCUCUGUUUUUAUCUGGCGAAAAGUGUUUAAAAAAGCUUCUCUUGCCUGACCAGACAAAACAGAGUUAGAUAUCUACUUUGUAAAUAUACUUACGUAGAAAACUAAGCUUGAUUUAAUAUUCACCUAAAAUACUAUUAUUUUUUUAUCAAGGAACUGAAGAUUUAUUUAUUUAUUUUGGUUACAUGGAAGACCAACAGCUUAUCUUAAUAUACUAGAAAUGAAUAGUAGCGACAAAGAGCCAAUUACAGGUCCUCACAUCUAGACAUAACUUAAAAGUAUAAAGAAACUAUUUGCACUGUCCAAUGUAAAAAAAAAAAGAAAAAAAUCUCUUAAUUAUAGUUUUAUAAAUGAGGUUCUUAUGAUAAAUAACAGAAUAACAAAUUACGCACAUGUUAAUUACUAACACUUGCCUAUGAAUUUAAAGUCUUAUUAAAUUGUUCUUCGGUGCUCUGUGACGGUUACUUGUAGUUUUUAUUUUGGGUGAAUAAAGAAUCACAUUAUAUGACUUAGCUAUGUAAAUACUAUGUAAUUUAUAUUGCACGUGAUCACAGUUGAGUUGUCAAGCUAUACCUUAUGUUAUUAUGUUCUUAUUUAUUUUAUAACAGUAUCCAACUUCUACCACGUAACCUCAUUGACAUAAACUUAAUUUAGAUAUAGUAUUUAUUGAUAAAAAUAGCCGAGUACCUGCAAGACAUCAUAAUAUUCAUAUAUUUGAAUUUUAGCUAGUUACCGGCUAUGAAAAGGGCAAUAAGAAUGUGUUUGAAAUAACAAAAAAUAAUAACAAAAUGUAAAUUAUAAUAUUAAUACAGUUAGGUGGUAGAACCCCAGUUGUGUCUCUUUCAUUUGUAACGUUAAGUAAUAUCCUAUUUUAAAAGACAAAGUCUUUAGGCGUCGCUUUGUAAAACUAGUCCUAAGCUAACGGCGAAUAAAGUUGUUUCAAUUUGUAUAAUCACUCAUUUAUUUGGUACAGCCAGAUCCUUUAUUUCCGAUUCCUCCCUGAUAGGUAUUCCAACCCCCGUAGUAUGAGCAUAGCGAUAUGAUAUAAAGCUUGUUUUUAUAGCACGCUUAAUUGUUAAAUUACUAUGGAGAUUGACAUUUAGACGUGAUAAAAACAUUUUAAAAUGUGUAUUCUUAAUGUGUGUUAAUGCUACGGUGACUGAUAGGCAAGACAAAUAACCAUAGAGCAACGCGGCCAGGAGGGGAGUAGGCGUUCACAGCCUUCCCCUCUUUCGGGUUGGGCAUACAAACGAUUUGAAAAUAUAUUAUGU